AUGGCUCCUCUUCGAAACGCCCUUCUUGCCUUGAUGGCCACCUCAGCCACCGUUUAUGCUGAGCACCUCAAGGUUGUUUGGUCCAACGGUGACUUCUCAACCAUCUCCGGUCCAUCUGGCGGAAACACCAACGGUCACUACAGCGGCUUUGCAAUCAUCAAUGAUGCCGGCGAUGCGAUCUACGACCAGGGCUUCCCUGAUGACCACUCCCCCUGUUACAACACUGGUGACGGCCGCGAGUUCACUAUCGAAGGCGAUUGCUGGAGCUCCCCCGCAAAUUCAAUCAAGGACGGUGAUGGAAACAGUCUUGGAACUGGUGAGGGCCAGACCGAUACGACAUUCAUCGGCAUCGCCAUUGGUCAGGAUGCCAGCUGUGUCGUUGAAUUCGAUUCCGACAGCGAUGGCUGCCCCGUUGAUGAUGGCAACGGUCCCCUUCAUGUGACCUCAGGAUAA